UACACUGAGUUGAGACAUGAAGAUGUUCAUGAAAAUCUAAUUGAAUCUGCUUGUCAUCAUUUUGGAGCUGAAUUUUGUUGCUCUUUCUUGCUAGUCACCUGUGAAGGCACAUGUGUGCUCUCUACUCACGGCUGUUUAUUUCACAGUGGCCAAGACUGAUGUCACAUGAUGAAUGACAGAUGAGACUAGACAGACACUCUGACCUCUCAACUCUAUCAGAGUCCAGCUGCGUUCAAAACAGCAGGAGGGUUAAUAGCAGGUUUACUAGCAAGUGCUGCAGUUGAAGCCUUACUGAAAGAAAGUUACAUGAAGAUGUUGUUGGGUGAAACAAGAUACAGAGGCUCGGCUAUGCUUUAUUGUGCCACCUGGAAACUGAGAGAAGUGUAGAGGGAUCUUGUUUCAGAUCAGGUGCAGGGUUCUUUGUAAAGGCUGUUGGCUCGUUUGGAUUACUUAUCUGGACAGGAUGAGCCAAAAUACAAAAACAGACCCAACAACUACAACUUCUGGCUCUUGCAGGAUGCAGGGAGUUAUCUCUGAUCCCAAGCCGGAAAAUGCCAUCACCAUCGCCGUUUCCUCACGAGUCCUCUUCAACAUGGAGAAGGAACAGCAUAUCUACGAGCAACAAGGCAUGGAAGAGUACAUCAAGUAUCAGGUGGAGCAUGAAAUGCAGCCUUUCAGCCCUGGGCCUGCCUUCUCCUUUGUCAAGGCUCUGGAGGCUGUGAACACUCGACUGAGGGAGCUUUACCCUGACAGUGAGGAGCUUUUUGAUGUUGUGCUCAUGACCAACAACCAUGCAUACGUUGGCCUAAGACUCAUCAACACCAUCAAUCAUCACCAGUUGUUCAUCGAGCGUUUCUGUAUGACAGGGGGAAACAGUCCCAUAGGCUACUUGAAGGCCUACCACACUAACCUUUACCUGUCUGCUGAUCCUGCCAAGGUUCGAGAAGCUCUGGAGGAAGGUAUAGCAGCAGCCACCAUGUUCACCCCAGAGAAGAUAACGGAAGUGUCUGAGACUCAGCUGCGUGUUGCCUUUGAUGGUGACGCCGUCCUCUUCUCUGAUGAGUCUGAGCGCAUUUAUAAGGCCCAUGGACUGGACAAGUUCUUUGAGCACGAGAAGGCACAUGAGAACAAGCCUCUGGACCAUGGACCAUUGAAAGGUUUUCUGGAGGCUUUAGGAAAACUGCAGAAGAAGUUUUAUGGCAAAGGCCAGCGCAUGGACUGCCCCAUCCGGACCUACUUGGUGACAGCUCGCAGCGCAGCCAGUUCUGGUACCAGAGCCUUAAAAACUUUGCGUUCAUGGGGUCUGGAGAUCGAUGAAGCUCUCUUUCUUGCGGGGGCACCCAAGGGCCCCAUGCUUGAGAAGAUCAGGCCGCACAUAUUCUUUGAUGACCAGAUGUUUCAUGUGGAGGGAGCAGCGGAAAUGGGAACAGUAGCGUGCCAUGUGCCGUAUGGGAUAGCUCAGAGAGUUAGCAAGAAAGGAAUUAAAGACACAGAGACUUCUUCAGGAGCCAAAUAGCCUGGACAUCACUGUGCGGAGGAGACAUUUCAUUAAGGCUUUAACCAGCUGAGGAUGUUUUAUUUAAAAGAAAAAAUGUCCUGCAAAUAGGUUGAGAAUGUGAUAAAACCCCAGGUGAUGCAAUAUGAUGUGUAUAUAAUUAUAUAAUUAAUUAUGUAAUAUUGUGACAACAUUCAUGAAAUAAUUACUUUCAUUAUCAGUUAAAGACAUUUCAAUUCAGAGGGUUAUUUUAUCCAUUGGUUCAUCUGUUCAUAAAGAGGUACAACGUUGGUUUAGUAACAUGUUAUAAAUUGUUAUAAUGGCUCAUUUAUUCAUUAAUGAAUCAUGUACUGAAUCUUAACAGAUUCGUUAUAAGCCAUUAAUUAGUUAAUAUAUAUUUUAUUUUGAUAUAUUAAUCAACAAUGUUUGCAUUACAAGUUAUGACAAAUGUCUUUCACUGUUUGGACCAUAUGACAGUGUACCUUGUGGAAAAGGGCUGCAGAGGAUCUCAACCAGAAUCCAACAUUUAUAACUUCUUUAUUAUUAAAUAGGGAGGAUAAAUAUCAAAGGACUAAAUCACAACCUGGUAAUCCUAAAUUUGUUAACCAUUAAUAAAGCCAUUAGUUAAAAGUUCUAAAUAUUUAAAAACAUCAGCCUAUUAUUAUUUUGUUUGGAUUUGGAAAUUCACCUCACAUACUGGCAACUUCAAAUUCAUUCAUUUUUACCAACAUUCGUAAAACCCCUUUGAAUCAAAAUGAAGAAACAAUGAAAAUAUAAUUCAAAUAUAUUUAAAAUCAAUCAGAACCAAAUAUUAGAAAACUUCACAUUCUGAACAAUAUUUAUUUAUAAAGGUUACUGAGGACACAUGAAAUGACUUAGCUUUUGAUAAAGAGGGAGUCUGAAUACAGCCUGGAUGUGCUCACUUGAUCAGAAGCUACACAGCUGCACUAAAGAGACAUGUGAUCAGUCACUUUAUGCAGAACCUCCAUUUGGAUCAAUACAGUUUCAUCACUUUCCUGCUUGUCUGUGUGUUUAAAUAUUUUUAAAACUGGUGCCUUUUUCUCACUCUAGUUGGAUUUUCUUUUGUCAGUCUUGCAUGUUGUUGGUGUAUGUUGUUCUUGCAGUUGUUUGAUCAAUGUAUAUGAAUGUAUUUUAAGAUUACAAAAGUAUAUUGGUAAAAUGGGAUCAUUUUACUUGAUAUUAAUUUAAUAUUGUAUCUUGUUUAAAACAAUAAAGAUGAGUUUUAAUAUA